CCUUCCCCUCCUUCUCUUUACCUGAUGCAUGUUUCUCUGGGAGUUUUUUCAUGUUUGCGGGAGCGGGCGCCAUAUUUGAAUAUGGAUGGUAGCUAGUGCAGAGCAAGGAAGGGAGGGACUGGAAUGUGGUCUGAAGUAAAGAUAACGGGAUGGGGAAAAUUGUAUUACAGGGCAUUUCUACAACCAGGAAGCUAUGUACCCAAACUACUGCCUGUCGGGCGUUUAUUCCUUGCAAGGACGGCUGUAUAUCGGGAAAGGUGACCUCACCAUGUAGGGGUCCGGUCACAGAGGGGUGCAGAAGUCACGCGUCAGACUUGUGAGCGUCUUUGACAUCGCGUAUGCUGCCUUGGGGUGAAACCCCACCACCACCGCAUGGAUGAACUCCUGUAAGACCUGCGAAGGGAACGCCCUGCAGAUGCUAUGUCCAGCAAAAACCUAGCAGACUGUGACACAGAAAGUGAAUGUGAUUUUUAUUCUGACUGUUGGGAACAAAGUAUUACAAAUAACAAAGAUUUGACUGACUCUAGCAAUUACUUCUGUUUUGAUUCAUGCAGCUUGUUUGAAAAAGAAAAGGGGGAAAAGAAAUUGCAUGGCAUAGUGCUUAUAUUAGAAAAUAGCCAGGUGAACAGUACAAGUUUCUGCAAAGACAAUCCUUUGCUGCAAAGAGAAAAAGUAGAGUGCACUAGUAAAUUGCAAGAGGAAUUAUCACUGGAAUCUAAAUUAUUUUUAAAGUGUAAGAACUAUAAUACAGAUGGCCAGUCAUUGAAAUCUUUUUCAAACAAAAUAGUUCCAUUCAUAUAUAGUAGCUCUUAUGGAGACCAUUUAAGUUUAAAUAAAGCAAUCCCUCAACUGAUCAUUACUGAAAAUUCCAUUGAAGGGCAAAUCAUUUAUAUAGUGAAAGAAGCUUGUGCUUUUGAUAAAUUCCAUCAGAAGCAGUCAUCAGAUGGUAACCCUCUAACUUCAAAGCAAGACAAAGCUGUGCAAGUUUCUUCUACAGAAAUAAAAAUAGAGGACAAUAUUUGCUAUAAAUAUUUCAAACAAUCACCAGUAUCUACUACAAUAAAUAAAGAUCUGAAGAAACCUAAAAACUUUCACAGUUUGGAAAGUCAUUUAGUAAACAGCCAUUCAGAAUACUCCUCAGAAUAUUCUUAUCAAAUUGAAAACCAAAUUGCUGAGCAAACCUACUCAAAUUCCAGUUCAGAAGAGCCUACUACUUCUUUGACUCUGGAAGCAACUAAUGUAUAUCCAGAUGGUUCAUUAGCAAGCAAUACUGAACUUUCAGAUGUGAGUGAGCAUGAAAAUCCCCAGAGGCAUGCUUUAAUUUUUCAGUUUAAAGACUCUGAACAAAACCAACCAUUUAAGAAGUUGCAUCUUAUUUUAGUGCCACAAAACCAAACCACACAUAUUAAAAAGCAGGGAGGACUUUCUCAAAUUCUAAUUGAUGAAGCCAAGUAUCUUCUAGGGACUCAUUCAGAUCCAUCAGAAUCUAGUUCUUCCAAUGUAAAUUCUGAUCAAGCAUUACCUACAUCAAAUCUUUGGUCCUCAUAUUCAUGUUUCCCACCUUUCAAAUAUUCACAGGCAAAUCGGUUACCUCACUUUUUUCUUAAGUCAGCACCCCAAAAUCCAGUUAAAUCUGCUUUUCAAAAAAGAAAACCAAAAGUGUCCAAACCUGUAAAAUCUGUUGUGUUUACCAAACAGAAAACGUUGCAAAGAGACAAAAAAUAUAAAAGUAAGCCAUCUAUUUUCUCCAAAUUUCAUUCACUCAAAACAUUGGACAUUGAGCCUGUAGACAAAAAUAAAAGAGUAAAAACAGAACUAAAUGAACAAUAUGUGUCUUUAAAUCAGACAUCGAAAUGCCAUUGCAGCCCAUUGCUUGACUUAACUGUUGAUCUGCAUUCUGAAGACAAAAAUUCUGAAAAGUUUCUAACUCUUCACAGAAAAUCUCACAGAAAAACUCGAGUAGGCAAAGUCAUUCAUAGAUUUUCCUCCCAUUAUUUGCUAAGUCCUAAAAACAGUUUUGAAAGGCUUCACUAUAUUUCUCCAAUUAGGAAAAAAAAUCAUUUGAAGAUGCAAAACAUACUGAAUUAUUUUUUAGGCUGGACUGGCAGACAGAACAGAGAUGAAAAAUAUAAAGAGGGUAUUUCUCCCACUUCAAAGAUACGGGCAAAUGAGACAUUUAUUUCACAUAUGCCAGCUGACAAAAGAAAUUCAACUAUUCCACUUCAUCCACAUUCAGAUAAUUAUUCUGUUCCAUUUCCUACCACAUUGACUUUUGUAGAUGUUCCCUCUUUGCAAACAGAGAGAAGGAAUCCUACAGCAUUAUAUAUUUUUCCAAAUGAAUGUAAGCAUUCAUCUGCUCCCUGUGUGGAGAUGGAGAGGGAUCCUUUGAAUCCUGUGGAAUCUUAUGGUAAACACAGCACCUGUCAUUCUCCUUGUUGUGCACAUUCUAAAACACAACAAUUACCAAAUAAAUUAAAUAUGUGUAAUAAUAGAAGUAUGGAAAAACUGAAUUUUGGAACUGGUCAGAUAGCAGGGGGAGAUUUGGUCCUGAAGAAGUUUUCAGUGUGCUCCUGUGGAACUAUGUCACAAAGUGGUUUGUUCCCUAACAAUGACAUUUCAGAGUCAGGUAGAAGGAAAUCUAGAGCAAGCCCAGAUAGUAAUUGGAAAGUCAGUAAGACUGCCGCAAACAGAUGGAAUCCAACUGCAGGAAACUUCAACACAGAGAAAGUGUGCUGUGGUUGUCACCAUGUCUCUUCAACAUGUUCUUCACACAAUUCAUGCAAACACAAACCUCCAAGAAACCAAGUUAUUGAAGUAGCAUCUUUAUUUGAAAAUGGAUUUCCCAUAAGGAAUUUGAAAGAGGAUGUAUUAAAAAAUGAAACAGGGAAAAUAGGUGAAAGAAAAGUCAAAUUCCAUCUAGGAUCAGAUGCUUUACAAGAGACUGAUCUUUUAACCACACACAUUUCAUCACCAACUAAUGAAUGUCAUCAAAUACCAAAACAUUUUGUUUAUCAACCUGAAUGUUCAUGCUGCCAGACUGCUGUAAAAGAACACCUCAGCACAUCAAAAGUGUCUAAUUGCCUUGGUUCAGAAAACCACAUGUCAAAGAAUUACCUCAACAGAGAGAGUAUUUUUCUAGUGGAUCCUAAUCGGCAGAUUAAAAGCCAGUGUAAAUGUUCCCAUGAAAUCUCUCUCUUCAAGCCUGAGCAAAUUGAUGUUUAUUCAGGAAACAGAUCUGAGGUUUCAAAGAGGAAGGCUCCCAAACUUACCCAGGCCUAAACCAUGAAUGAAAGGGAUCUAGAUGAUUUGUUUGUUCCAGGAUCCUCUUAAGAUGAUUCCCUGUCAUCUUUUCAAGAAACUUUUCUCAUAUGCGGAGGCUAAAGACAGAUGGAAGUUGUCCAGUACAUUUAUGAUCUAAAAAUGGCUUCUUCAAAAGGAGGCACAUCGCCACCUUUUUCUAAGUAGGUGGUAUUACACCCUCCCUUAGAGUGUCAUUAACCACACUGAAUUACACAUAUUCUACCAGAAGCACCAGGCAGGGCACAGACCCAAUCCUUAUAUUACAGAGCUGUCUCUCCAUAAGUUUUUAAAAGUUCCAAAGUAUUCUAGGUCACAAUGUAAAAUGUCAUAGCAGUUACUUCACAUGAUUUCUCAGCACUAAACCCAGUCUUGAGCAAAAAUGAGCUUGCCAAAACUUAUAAAAAUCAUCAAUUUGUUCUGCAGGCACUAUAUCUUUCCUGUCCUUCCCUAAAAGGAACAGGACUAUUCUGGACACAGUUACCAGGCAAGAAUCUGCAGACUCAAUAGCCACUAUUAUAGCUGCUGUUUAGCUUGUACUACUAGAUAAUUGUAUUCACUUUUUCUUUGGUGACAUAUUUAUUGGGCAAUUUUUCAUUUACUUCAUCUUUGGAAAUUAGGAGGCAAUCUUGUUCUACGUUUGGUUACCUUUUCUCAUAAACACUAACCAAUGUCCAUCAGGUGUCUGGGGUGGACCAUCCUACUAGUCCCUUGGAAAGAUGCAGGCUCCUUAGGAUCAAUACCCUAACCCAGCGGUUCCCAACCUUUUCUAUACCCCGCACCCCUAGAACGCUUCUGAUAUAUUCUCACACCCCUUACAAAAGUUUGAAAUAAUGGCAACAAAUUAUGCAUAUACACUAUAACUUUGAAAACCCACGUUUUUGUACCCCUUGGAAUAUUGUCUCGCACCCCCAGUUGGGAACCCCUGGCCUAAUCAGAUCAAUAUCUGAUCAAAUAUCUAGUAAAUUACAUACUAUAGUUAUGCAAUCAAACUUACUGUGUUCCACAUAUCAGUUAAAGUACAAACAAACAUUAAAGCAAAAUAAAUUUUGUAUAACAUUGUCCUUUCCAUUUGGUUUUGUUUUCCUGUUUGUAUUUGGACCAGAUAUAAAUGCUAAAAUGUUUUUUGUUAUCUUAAGGCUUUUCAUACAAAAGAUAUACUAUAUUUUUUUGUACAGCCAUAAAGCAAGUCAUGCUUUUUUUCUUUUUGCCUUCUGAUCAAAGCAGCCAACUGUGUAAACAAAAUUAAAUUAAUAAUAAUGCAAUAUUUAUUAUUUCCAUUGCUUUUUUAUUAAAUACCUGGAAAAUGUAGAUUGUAUUAGUAUGAUAAAGUGCGUUGUAGUCAUGUUAUAUUUAUAGUCACAGUAAAAAUGUAGUAUUUUUUAGAGAUUACUGAAUAAAUUAAGCUCUAGUUUUUGAUACAUUUUGCAAAAUCAUAAAGUAACAGUGCAGCUCAAAAUGAAGCAAGUAUUCUGUAUCUUAAAGUAGUUUUUCAUUAUUGACGUGUUUUA